CGGAGAGAUGACGGCGCUCCAGAAACUGAUUCAGGGCAGGGUCCUGCUCUUGACCGUCUGUGCAGCUGGCAUUGGUGGGACUUUUCAGUUUGGCUACAACCUCUCCAUUAUCAAUGCCCUGACCUUGCACAUUCAGGAAUUCACCAAUGAGACGUGGCGGGCACGUACUGGCGGUCCACUGCCUGACCGCCUCAUUCUGCUAGUGUGGUCCCUCAUCGUGUCUCUGUACCCCUUGGGGGGCCUCUUUGGAGCUUUGCUAGCAGGACCCCUGGCUGUCACACUGGGAAAGAAGAAGUCCCUUUUGGUGAAUAACAUCUUUGUGGUGGCUGCCGCGAUCCUGUUUGGCUUCAGCCGCAAAGCAGGCUCCUUUGAGAUGGUGAUGUUGGGGAGACUGCUCACGGGAGUCAGUGCAGGUGUGAGCAUGAGCGUCCAGCCCAUGUACCUGGGGGAGAGUGCCUCCAAGGAGCUCCGAGGAGCCGUGGCCAUGACUUCAGCCAUCUUCACAGCUCUGGGAGUGGUGAUGGGGCAGGCAGUUGGACUCAGGGAACUCCUAGGCAGCCCUCAGGCCUGGCCCCUGCUGCUGGCCAGCUGUGUGGUGCCUGGGGCACUCCAGCUCAUCUCCCUGCCUCUGCUCCCUGAGAGCCCACGCUACCUCCUCACUGACCGUGGAGACACCGACGCCUGUCUAGCAGCGCUGCAGUGGCUACGAGGCUUCAGGGACGUGGUGGGGGAGCUGGAGGACCUGAAGGAAGAGCGCACGGCCUGCCAUGACUGCUGUGCCUGGCGCCCCUGGGAGCUGUUCCAGCAUUGGGCCCUGAGGAGGCAGGUGACAAGCCUGGUGGUGUUGGGCAGUGCCAUGGAGCUCUGUGGGAAUGACAUGAUAUAUGCCUAUGUCUCCACUGUGUUCCGGGAGGUGCGAGUUCCGGAGAAGAAGGUCCAGUAUGCCAUUAUUGGGACCGGGAGCUGUGAGCUCUUCUCUGCUGUUGUCAGCUGUGUGGUGAUUGAGAGGCUGGGCCGGCUGCUGCUGACAGGAGGGUACUGUCUGAUGGCCUGUUGGGGCAGCAUCUUCACGGUGGCCCUGUGCCUGGAGGGCUCCUUUCCUGGGAUGCCCUACCUGGCCAUGGCCUGCAUCUUUGCCUUCAUCCUCAGCUUUGGCAUUGGCCCUGCCGGGGUGACAGGGAUCCUGGUCACAGAGCUGUUUGAGCAGAUGGACGGGCCUGCUGCCUACAUGGUCUGUGGGGCACUUGUGUGGACCAUGCUCUUCCUGGUCGGGCUGGGCUUCCCCUUUGUGCUGGAGGGCUUGUCCCACUUCUUCUUUGUCCCUUUCCUUGGUGUCUGUGCCUGUGCGGCCAUCUACACUGGUUUGUUCCUCCCCGAGACCAAAGGCAAGACCUUCCUAGAGAUCUCACAGGAAUUACACAGACUCAACUUCUCCAGGCAGGCCCAUGGCCCCUCAUGGACAGGCCCAGAGGUCAUCUGUUCCACAGAGCUUUAGUUCCAAAGGGGUGGCCUGAGGCCAAUACCACUUGCUGUCCU